AUGCCAGAGCAUUUCCGUGCCCAAGCAUGCCGCGGCGCAGGCAGAGGGAGGCCCGGCAAAUCUCGGUACAUGCAGCCUUCUGCGGAUCAAAUGCCGGUCGCGGAUGAGAUUGAGUCUACUGCAGAGGGAGAGGCAGAGAGAAAGGAGAUAAAGGAGGGCAAGCCCGUCGCCGUCACACUUAGGAAAUGUGGUGUGGAUCGCAGGAUCGAGAUUCUCUGCGCCCUCCAGAAGCGAAGGCGAGUGAAGGACCUGGAGGACUCUGUGACGAUGGAGCUGGGACUUGACCUAGACGGACAAAUGCGCGUGCUCCAGAUGGGGCAUGAGAGGUUCUUGGAAAGGGAUCUCCCAUUGGUGGCGGUGCUUUGGCACUCCAAUCAGCUUGUGCUGAGAUUUGUUAAGUGCACGGCUUUGCUGGAGGCGACUCAGAAUUCUCUUUCGGGCAAGACCAUCACGGCAAGCUUGCAUCAUCGUGACGACGGAGGGAUGGAGGUUCAUUGCACGCUCCUCAGUGGGAAGGAACACUGCAGACUGCCUGUUGACGCCACAUCUACAUUGCGGGACUUGCGGAACUCUCUGGCCAAGAAGGACCAUGACCCAGAGGGCUUAGGCCUGGACGGUCAGAUCCUUUGUCCUACAGGCGCACAGAUCUUCGACGAGAGCCUCCGAUUGUCAGAGCUUGGCUCGGAGCCGCUUACGCUCCGGUUUCUUGGGCUCGGGGCACGGCCGUGGCGCGAGGGUGCUCGAAAGUUUCUGGCGGCCCUGGCAGUGGAGGCCUUCCACCCCAAGUCGAAGGCCUUCGAUGUGGGAUGGACGCUGAGGACGGCGCGCCCUGUCACCCGGGAGGAGGUGGAAGACACUGUGGAACCUUUUCUGGGACGCCUGGGGGUCUCCAGCGCCUUGGCCGUCCCGUUCAUGCGGUUCUUCUGGCGCCUGGCCGCGCCUAUGGAGGAGUGGAACUUGCUGAAUUUAGCAUUGCUCCAGAAUUUUGAUCCAGGCAUGAAGACCAACAAGUUUGCGUUUAGUGAGCACUGGCUACAGCUGGCCCGACACGCUAUUGCUGAAAGAGUGCCGCGAAGGCCUGGUCCUGUCAUUCUGCCGAAAAGAAACGAGCAUGGCUCGAUCAUUGGUGUAGAGUUGUUUGUUGUCGAUGACAGCUUUCCCGACAGUUUCGACAGGAACCUCGAAAGCUCAUUGCGAUUGGGUGACCUAAGACCCCGAGCUAGUGCAUCAAACCUUAUGCGAGUGGCGGCGGCCAUUGACUUGGGCUUAAAUCCAAGUCUGCCCAUUGGAGAGCUGGUACGGGAAGCGGGACAAGACCUACAGCUGGACCCUCCCGCAAGCCCAGAGGAUGUUGUGAGGAUGGCGCAUGUGCUGCUCCGGCUGUCUUGCGAGUUGCCGGCAGUGGAAGUGGAGGGGAGCUUGCACGGGCCCCUGCUCCAGCGCGUGGCAGCGCUGCGCCGGUGGCGCUUGAAGGUCCUGCACUUCUCGGAACGUGAGGGGUUCAGGUCCGAUUCCCGUGCAGAGAGGGCCGAAGACCUCAGGCACCAUGUCGGAGCCUUAGAUGCAGAGCAGCAGGUCUCUGGGCUGCAAGCUGGUCUGAUGCUGCUGCAUCUUCCAAUGAAGCACCUGGGCGACGUCGGCGAUGUCUGCCGGAAGCUGAGCCAAAUUGCUCCCGUCCGCUUCAUCAUCUGCGUACAGGAGACGGAUGAGGAGAAGAAAGCCACCAGAGAAGGAGAAGACGGAUAA